AUGCCACCACCGACAACAGAGUGGAUCACGAGCUUCUUGGCAAAAGCGCGUAAGGAAGAGUUACCACCGCCAUUUCUUGGACCGCUGGCAGCACUCGUCAGCUCCGACGUUGCCUCGUCGUGGCUGACCAUGUAUCUCCUGCGUCCCGAGUCGUUGACCGAGUUUGAUGGGCACAGUGUGGACGGGAUCGACGACAUUGUUGGACUCGCAUACGUUGUCGCAACAAACAGGACGAAGGUGCACUUUUGGUUCCACCCCAAGACCUGUCGUGAUGUGGCAAAUCCAUCUAUCCUGGCGCUUCUCCAUCGCGUCCGAGCGCAACAACCGGCGGUGCUCCGAUUGCCAGGAUUGGAAUCGAGUUAUUGCACAUACAUCGACGCCAACGUGCGCGGGGGUGUGCAGUGGAAGCCCACGAAUGGUUACGAGCUCCAUGUUCUCGACCCUGCUGUCGUCGUCAAGGCCACCGCACUGGGAAGCUCAUGGACGGUGGACGGCGAGACGUUUGAGAUGGACGUUGCCGAUCCCGGCGACAUUGCCCCCAUUUUGAGCUUGGCUAGUGUUGGCAAACUCGCGCGGGUCGUUCGAGUGGCGUCGACGAAGCAACCAGUGUCUUGGUCGCUGGUGCACUCGGAUUUCUCGAUCGGGCUGUUGGGAACUAUCCCAGAGUACCGACGCAAAGGGUUCGCCGCGUUGGCUUUGGGGUCGACGAUUGCAGCGUAUAGGACGUUGGCUGCUGCCAACGAAUCCCGCUGGUUCGGAGUGCAGCCGCACUGCUUUGUGCUAUCGAGCAACAUUGCAAGUCAACACGUCAUGGCGACCGCGGGUUUCAAGACGGUCCCAAACAAAACUUUCCACUGGAUGCGACUCAACCACGAGUAAACUAUUUCCGCUUGUUGUCGGUCCAAGAAGCACAUGCACACAAACCUUAUCGUCAACCUCACCACUACCACAUUGACUUCAUGAUUCAAGCUUAAGUUGUCGCGAUGCCACCUCUUUAGACCUCCUCAUCGCGCGACAAGCUACAGCCGGUGUUGUUCAUUUUUACCUCAUUUGAAUAAAACGUCUGUUUUCAAAAAGGA